CGUCACUAGAGGCUCUCCGACUGAGCUUGUCAGCUUGGGUAAAUUAAGACUUAAAACUUAAAAGUAGCUUCACAAUUUCAUUAGUCAAGCAACAAACACCAAUCUCUCUCUGAGAAGAAAGAAAUAAUGGGAGACAAAAGAGCAAGUCCGACGGCGGUGAAGCAGCUGUCACGAUGGAUUCGAAGCAGAUCGGUGAGACAGCAAGUAAGCAUGGCGUCAAUGGCAGCUUUCAUACUACUCAUUUUUAUGAAAGUUUUCGUCAAAAAUUACACUUAUUUCUAUGUCGCUGCUCAACUUGCUCAUUCUAUCGGCAUCUUAGUCUUAAUUUACAAGCUCACCAUCACCAAAACUUGUUCUGGUUUAUCAUUGAAGACUCAGGAACUAACGGCAAUAUUCUUAACCAUGAGAAUCGCAUGCCAUUUUAUGCUCAUACGUGAUAUUUACGUAAUACUUGAUUCUCUAACCCUUGUAUCUACUCUCUGGGUGAUCUAUAUGAUACGGUUUAAGUUGAAGCAAACCUACAUGCAAGAGCUUGACAAUAUGCCUUUGUAUUAUGUGCUGGUGCCUUCUGCGGUGGUUGCAAUAAUAGGCCAUCCUGGAUUCGGAGUUAACAUUGGCUUCAGAUUCUUCUAUAUGUAUUCUAAGACAAUAGAAGCCGUUUCAGUGCUUCCUCAGCUGCGCUUAAUACAAAAUGCUAAGGUGGUCGAACCAUUUACCGCCCAUUAUGUAUUUGCCCUGGGCGUUGCAAGAUUCUUAGCCUGUGCAAAUUGGUUGAUCAUGCUUGUUGACAGCAACGGAGUAAUUCUGAUGCAAAUCGGGAAAGGACAUCUUUAUGUACUAGUUGCUCUUCUCGCUGAGGUGGUUCAAACUUUCAUCUUGGCAGAUUUCUGUUAUUACUAUAUCAAGAGUGUCGUGGAGGGACGAAGCAUGGUGAGACUACCUUCAAUGGUCUGAACUGCAGCCAUAAACUUUCUUCACGAAGAUCCUCGAGUUUGUCUUGCUUUCUCCCCUUAAAAAAGUUCAGGGAGGGAUGAGACUUUUCCCCCCAUGUUCGACGUUUAAUGUGAUUGCAAGCCCUUGUAUGUUCUUAUGUAUCAGUAGGAAAAAUAGACUUGUAUGCUCUCAGUUUCAGGGUUUUCUGUGUAAAUAAGGAUUUGCUUUGUCACCCAUCAUCAAUAAGGAAGUGAGUCUUCAAUUUGUUUUAAGUCA